AGUAAUUAAAUUGUGUUAAUUAAUACUAAGCAUUCGAAUUCAUUUUAAUGGAAGUCCAGUACGCAUUCCGGACCUACGUCCAUGAAAUUGCAGGGUCGCGUAGCACGCCUCUCCAUCCAGUUCGCUAUAUCCCCCUACAUAUCAUGACGCCCAGACUCCGUCUCGUUCUCGUUCUCGUUGUCACCGUGUUUACCUCGCUCGCAGCAGGUUUAUCGGGUCCUGCGCUGUCGAAAGAGGAACUCUGUGCCUUCGAUCGUGAAAGUGCUCGACAAGUGCUCGAAAUGAUCGAAGUAACGCCGGAGCCGGCGCUAUACCACCACGAGACUGUCUACCCUCGCAUCCUCUGCUUCGCGGUCAGCUACUCGGCUCAGCAUCAGACCAGAGUUCGAGCUGUGGCGGAGACGUGGGGGCAACGUUGUGACAAGCUCCUCUUCUUCAGCAACAUGAGCGAUACGAUUAUCGUGGCCGCAGAUACACCAGCAGAGCGCCGAUUCGACGUCGUGCAACUUGAUAUCAUCGCUGACCACGCCCAUCUGUGGCUGCGGACCAGAGCUGCUCUAAAGUAUUUGUAUGAUAAUUUCCGGCACGACUACGACUGGUUCUACAAGUGCGACGACGACACGUACGUGAUCAUGGAGAAUAUGCGAGCUUACCUCAAGAGACCGGAGAUUUUACAGCGAUUCAAUCGAGAGCCGAUGCAUAUGGGUCACCGUUUCAAUAUGCCCAUGAAUAUUCUCGAUUUUUACAUAAAAAAUGAGACCCUACGAUCGCUUUGGCAUUCACGGUUCGACCGCAUGGUCUACAACUCUGGAGGUGCGGGGUACAUGAUGAAUCGACUGUACUUGGACAAAUUUGUCGAAUCCCUGCCCGAGUGGACGUGUCUACCGGACGAAGCUAGUGCCACGAUAGCGGAGGAUACCGGCGUGGCAUUUUGUAUGAUGUGGAACGAUGUAUAUCCUUGGGAUACGCGAGAUCAUCGUGGUCGUGAGCGCUGGCAUGCGUUCCCUCCACAGUUUUUAUUCCCUACGUAUGAUGACCCGGACUUUUGGUAUGUAAAGUAUCACAACACAGUUGGAGGCGUGCGCUCACUAUUAGACAGUGCUGCACCGGACAGCGUGGCUUUUCACUACGUACAACCACCGCUAAUGCAUCAUUUCGAGCGCAGUUUGUAUCUGUGUCGAUCCGAACACGAUGAUAUCGAAGCUUUCAACAGAUAUUACGGACUAGCAAUCGGAGAACAGGUCAUGGUAGUGUGACUCGUGACACUGCACUUAAAGAACCUGGCGAGUUCAAGAAUUUUAUAUUGAUAUAUAUUUCUGGUCUAGAUAAUAGUCUAAUGUACAUGCGAUUGUUUUCAAGGUGAGUCGAAUCGAUCAGCUUGGUACGAA